CUCUACUCUACCCAUGUGUGAGCGUGGGCAGGCAGGCAGGCUGGCAGGCCGAGCUAUUAACGAUAAGAUAGGAGGGCUGCAGGGCUGCAGGGGUAACAAGCAGUUCCCAUAAUCGGGAUUGGGUUUGCCUAUGACUCUACCGUGCCGACGCCCUUCCCUCACUUACUACUACUACCUGCUACUUGGGCCUCACCCAUUGCACCUCCUCAACACUCGGUGCCGGGCGAGAUCACGCAAAGCAAGACAAAGCAGGACAGGGUAAAACAGGGCAGGGCAAGUCAGGGCAAAGCCCCGAAAAUGGCUGCGCCCACCACCGACCCGGGCCGGAAGCUACAGUCCGAGUCGCAACCGGACCUCAUCGAGGCUUCCGCCGGUGCUUCACAGCCCCCGCCUGUUGUCGACAUCAAGCCGUUGCUUUCGCGCCUGUGGCCGCGAAAACCAGACGUCACCGCCAGCGAGAUCUCCGACGCAAUCGAGCACUUCUUCACCGACCGCAUCGACGAUGUCCAGACAGGCGCCCUGCUCAUGUGCCUGCACUUCACUGGCCUGGACCGCGACCCCGAGGUCCUGUCGCAGUGCGCCCAGAAGAUGCUCAGGGCCGCCGCGCAGGUCGACUCGCACCUGCUGCGGCAGGUAAUCGAGACCAGGGGCAGGAGGGAGGGCAGCUACUCUGGCGGAUUCUGCGAUAUAGUCGGCACAGGUGGUGACUCCCACAACACCUUCAACAUUUCCACGACCGCAUCCAUCCUCGCCUCCAGCCUCCUCCUCGUCUCCAAGCAUGGCAACCGCGCCUCCACCUCAAAGUCUGGCUCUGCCGACCUCAUUGCAAACAUGUGCUUCCCCACCCCGCCCGACAUGUCCGCCGUCGAGCCAGCCAGGAUAGGCCAGAUAUACAGCAAGACGAACUAUGCCUUCCUCUUCGCCCCCUCCUUCCACCCGGGAAUGCGCUUCGUCUCCCCCGUCAGGAAGAAGCUGCCGUGGCGCACCGUCUUCAACCUGCUCGGACCCUUGGCCAACCCCAUGGAUGUUUACAACAGGCCCAUGCUCGAGGCGAGGGUCAUCGGCGUCGCGAGGAAGGACCUGGGCCCAGUCUUUGCCGAGGCUCUACGCCUCAACGGCGUGAGGAAGGCCAUGGUUGUCUGCGGGGACGAGGAGCUGGACGAGGUCAGCUGUGCCGGGCCGACCCUGUGCUGGAGGCUUGCCGAGGACCCCGCAGGCGAUGUUGUGGUCCAUCACUUCAGGCUGACCCCCGAGGACUUUGGACUUUCCAGGCACCAGCUGGACACGGUCUCGCCGGGCAAGGAGCCGGCCGAGAACGCCAAGAUCCUCAAGAGCAUAUUGAACGACGAGCUCGCCGACGACGACCCUAUCCUCGAGUUCGUGCUCAUCAACACUGCGGCGCUGUUUGUGGUCUCGGGUGUCUGUGACGCAGAUUCCAGCGAUAUGGGCCAUGGUGAUGAUGGUAACGUCCUGAAGGAGACAGGGCCUGGUAGUGGGAGAUGGAGGGAAGGGGUGAGAAGGGCACGCUGGGCCAUCAAGAGUGGCGAGGCGUGGCGGCAGUGGGAGGCGUUUGUCCAGGUGACAAACGAUCUAAACAGUGGACCGUCUUAGUCUUUUGUUCUAGACAUACAGUUAGACCCAAACGUGGUUCACGGUCUGCUAGUGACAAUAGAUGGCUAUCAAGGGGCGUAUCCUUCCCGCCCCUCCCCCCCGGCCCACCUCCACC